AGACUGGACAGUUUCACGUGUCUUUAUCCCUUAUGCCACCUGUUGCACUGAGAUUCCAACAUGGCGCUCUCCCCCCUACUCCCGUUAGCUGUGGCUCUCCUGUCGGUAACCUACGUGGAAGGACAGGUGAUAGGUCCGGGGAAAUGUCCUGAAGUAAAGGUGCAAGAAAACUUUGACAUCAAACAGUACCUUGGUAUAUGGCACGAGAUACAGAAGUUUGUGUCGAUUUUCGAGGAGGGAAAAUGUCUCCGGGCCAACUACACACUGAAACCAGACGGGCACGUCAUAGUCGACAACCAGGAAAAUGUGAAUGGCGAAAUAAAGAGAGCGAUCGGUGAUGGCUACAUCCCCAACCCCACUGAGGCGGCAAAACUCGCCGUUCGUUUUUAUAGCUUUGCACCUUACUCGCCAUACUGGGUUCUGAAGACAGACUACAAGACUUACACACUGAUCUGGUCCUGUAUCGAUCUUCUGAACCUGAGCAACGCCCAGUUCGCGUGGAUUCUCGCGAGAGAACACGAGCUCGACCAGGCUACGGUGGACGAGCUGCACAAGGUGGCGACCGGAUACGGAAUAGACGUCAGCCACUUCUUGAUCACCGAUCAAACCGGAUGUGGCUCCUGAAAAGACCUUUUCUUAAAAGAGAAUGCAUCUUCGAGACAGUUAAUCUAAAUAAGACUUGACAAUGUAACCAAAAUAUGCCAAUAUCACCAGACAUUACACAAUGUCUUUCUAUGUUUACGAUGCGUCAUUGUCGAAAAAGGAACAUGUACACUGCAUUGACGGUGUGUGAAUUUUCAAUUCAUUUGACAUUUCAAAUAAAUGUAUAAAGUUAAA